CCGUGUCCCAUUUCCUCCUCUUGUUUUCGCUCCGGAUUCUCCAUGUUGGACCCAAACUGAGGAGCCCGGAGCUGCCGCCGGGGGAUCGGGGCCGGGGGCACCCGGGGGAGCUGCUGCCCGGGCCUCCCGCUCUCCGUAUAGGCUGCCUCCCUUCCGGGCCCAGGGAGGGAACGAGAGCAGGGAUGUGAACAGCUGUGGGAGUCCGAGUCUCGGGAGCCGGAGACGGAGCGGGCCCCCGCCCAGGCCCCCCAGCCCAGCCCAGCCCGCGCGCCCGCCCGUCCUCCCGCCCAGCCAGCCCGGGCCCGCGGGACUGUUAGAUGGAACACGGCUCCAUCAUCACCCAGGCGCGGAGGGAAGACGCCCUGGUGCUCACCAAGCAAGGCCUGGUCUCCAAGUCCUCUCCUAAGAAGCCUCGUGGACGUAACAUCUUCAAGGCCCUUUUCUGCUGUUUUCAUGCCCAGCAUGUUGGCCAGUCAGGCUCCUCCGCUGAGCUCUCCACGUACAAGGAGGAAGCCAACACCAUUGCUAAGUCUGAUCUGCUCCAGUGUCUCCAGUACCAGUUUUAUCAGAUCCCGGGGACUUGCCUGCUCCCAGAGGUGACAGAACAAGAUCAAGGAAGGAUCUGUGUGGUCAUUGACCUGGAUGAAACCCUUGUGCAUAGCUCUUUUAAGCCAAUCAACAACGCUGACUUUAUAGUGCCUGUAGAAAUCGAGGGGACCACUCAUCAGGUGUAUGUGCUCAAGAGGCCUUAUGUGGAUGAGUUCCUGAGACGAAUGGGGGAACUGUUUGAAUGUGUUCUCUUCACUGCCAGCCUGGCCAAGUAUGCCGAUCCUGUGACGGAUCUGCUGGACAGGUGUGGGGUGUUCCGGGCGCGCCUGUUCCGUGAGUCCUGUGUGUUCCACCAGGGCUGCUAUGUCAAGGACCUCAGCCGCUUGGGAAGGGACCUGAGGAAAACCCUCAUCCUGGACAACUCACCGGCUUCUUAUAUCUUCCAUCCAGAGAACGCAGUGCCUGUGCAGUCUUGGUUUGAUGACAUGGCAGACACCGAGUUGCUGAACCUGAUCCCAAUCUUUGAGGAGCUGAGCGGAGCAGAGGAUGUCUACACCAGCCUUGGGCAGCUGCGGGCCCCUUAGUCUUCCCUGCUUCCAAGCAACGGCCAUCCCAACAGGGGACUUUCCUACAUUGUGCCUUUAUGAUCAGCCUGACAGACAGAGCAGAAGCUGGAGCAUCUCACCAAAUGGGGCCUGGAAAUAGAAGUGAUGGGGAAGAGCUUUAGGACAGGUUAGAUGCCGAGUGGGCAAAUGUCAGACCAUUGAUACCUGGAGCUGCCUGCUCCCUGAGUUGGGUUCCUGAGAUGGGAAGAUGGGAGAGGGGAGUGUGUGUGUGUGUGUGUGUGUGGCCUUGAACUGUGGCUCCAGGAUAUAAGUUUCACAUUGGGGAGGAAGCUGAAAUGAAAGAUAACUCUGCCCAAGUUAGUCCGUUUCUUCUCCAGUCAUCCGGAGAGCCACUGAGCUCUAUAGGGAUGAAGACUAUUCAGAGUUCCGUUGCCAAACUCUUGGCCUUUCCCAGUGUUGUAAGCCUUGUGCCAAGGAGAAGGGAAGGGUCAGAGGCUGCCUUCCGGUGCUCUGGGCACCCUCUUUUCUGAAAACUUUCUCCAGCCAGCUGCUGCAGGUAGACGACAUGUCUAGAAGAUGAAAGCUUGUUUCUAGAACUGGUAGUUCCAGUGGCCAUCAAGUCCUGCAGCCCAAGGGCUGCACUUGCCUCCAGCCGAGUGCCAGGCAUGGGCCCUUUCUGUGUCUCCCCAAGGCUCGGGCCUACCUUCCUCGCCACCUAGCCAUAGUCUUGAACACAUAGGGAAGGAGGUCUUCUCCCUGCCAUGGCAGAGGGCAGAAAACCGAUUUCUGUUCUUUCGACUCUGUUUUAAAAUUCUCUUUCUAAACAUGGAGUGUUGGACCUGUUUUGUUUCUGACAGAACUGCAGUCCUGGGCUUAAGGUGAAUGUGGGAGGCACUGGGGGUGCAGAAAAGAGGAAAAUCCCAAAAGCAUGAAUGUGUCCCCUUCGCUUAUAUGUAGAUCAGCUGAGCUUGGGACUGUCCAUAAGUCUGCUCUUCAGGGAUCCGCUGCUGGUGCUGGUGCAAGUACUUUUUUUGUUCCAAAGUCCAGGAAGGGUGUGCACCCCGUCUGCCCCUCCUGUUCUUUGGCAGGGGUCUUUCCCCUUGUUUCUUUCCCCAGGGCCUGGCCUGUGCAGAGCUGCUCUGCUCCAUCUUCAUCCCUCCUGGUGGUCGCUUUUUCUCUCCUGGGCCUCAGAGGCAUUCCUCCUUGUUCUGAGGGGGAGUGGAGUGGGUGUUCUCAUCAUUACCUUGCCAGGCUAACGCACAUGCAGUCCACCUCUGGUAAAAGGUGUGAUGAGCCCUUCACACACCUGUGCUUUGUGUGUCUCUUGCUUUCAAAGUUUCAAAAUAGUGAAUGCUUUAAAAAUUAGUCACAAAAUGGAAGUUUCCCCAGGACGGAAAACAAAAGAAGUGCUGCUAUAAUUAAGAGCGCAAGAGGACCCCUCUUAUGCUCAGCAUCACUGCCUUAAUUGUGACCUCCCCCUGGACUGGGUGGGGUUCUCUCCUCUCUUCCCUCCUUCUCUCUGGGAUGGGAGGGAGUUCCUAUCCCCCAUCUCUGGUUUCCCUGGAGGCAGAUGUCACAAAGCAUUUGUACAUCACUUCAGGUAUGAGGACACCUCCCACUCAGGUCUCAUCCCCAUUAGCCUUUUCAGUUUCCACACACUAGGUCCAGCCUGAGGAACUAACCAGUUUCAAGAAAGCUGGGUGAUGGAGUAGCAGCUCGGUGGUCUGAGUGGUAGCUGGCUGCCUGCAUUGUCGUGCCAUCUCCCUGCUUUGACAAGGUUGUAAGGCCUAGUCUCCUUUGGUGUCACAGACGUGGAAGAAAGCCCCCAAAGUCCAUGUGGUCAUUUCCUCCAGCCUCAUUCCCGGUGUCCAUGGGGUCCUGCUGCAGUGGGGGAAGUGGGAUCUGGUGCUAGCCAGGAGCGAUGUCCCUUGAAGGAAAUGGGAGUUUCUGACUCAUAAGGCUCUGGCCUAGGCCUCCAUCCUAAUAUUGUGGGUGCGUCCUCUCUCCAAAAGCCCACCCUAAGGGUUAGCCCUUGGAUCAAGUCUUCUGCCAUCUGGGCCUAGCCAAGCUUUUCUGACUAAGCAAUAAGAGGCUCUAAGUUGAUCCGGUUUUUAGGAUUCUUUCUGCCCUCCUUUGGGUCUCCCAUGUUCCUCCAGGUGAAGGAAGAGCCUGUGCCAGCCCCUUUCCUAUCAGGCUUGUCCAAGUGUGACUCAUGACCAGAGCCCAGGAUAGCUAGUUAGGAGUGUCCCUGCCGCUUCUGCAUGAAGCCCCUGCUCUAUAUGCCUCUAUUCUGUCAGAACCCUGCCCUGCCCACCUGCAGUUCCUCAACAGAAAUGCCAUUCCCUCUUCGCUGGAGAAGCAACGAGGCCAAAUCUUAACAGGGUCCAUCCGUGCGGACCAGAGCGAGCCUUAUGUGCUGCCUGGUGUCCAGUUUCAUACUGUGUAAGGGUACGUUCUGAUUGCUCCUGAGAGGAAUUAGGCCAGACUCACUUUUGGAACAGGGAGGGAGCCAAAUCACCCCAGGAUCUGUCCAAGGGCUUCCCACCAGCCCUUCCCGUUUGAGGCUGGUCUUCAGGAGGCAAUGGGCCACUGUGCCUAGUCAGCACCAAUUCAAGCCAUGCCAGGAAUCUGUCCACCUGCCAGGUUCAGUUCUUUAAGGUGCCUGUUCAGGGACACAGUGUGUCUCUCUGAUUAGGCUUCUAAAUCAAAAGCCUGAUGUUCGUGUCCCUCUCAUAGGGGGAGCUUUGGACACAGGACCAGUUUGGAAAGGGUCAGGUAAGAGUUUCCACUCUGCACAUUGUAGAGGGGACACUCUGUAGGCCCAUGGGUCCCUUAUUAUAGAGAGGUUGGGUAAAUUUGCCUUCGGUUAACCUGGGAUCUUCUAUUUAGUUCUCUCCUGCCUCCCAAAGAUUUUGACCAUUUUGUAAGUGUAUAAACUCACCUCUGUUAACAGUGGCCCAGAAGCUUCUUUGUGCUAAAAAGCAUGGGGAAUCUAAAGGCAUUCAUUCCCUGGGAAAUGGAUGCUAUUCUGUUUUGCUACACCUACCCUGUUGCUGAGGCUUCUUUCAGUAGGGCGGCCCCAUUGUAAGGCUGUCCUGCAUUCUGUGUCCCAGCCAGGCCAAGUACCUGAGAAAGGUAAACCUAUUUCCCCCUUAGGUCUUCAGUUGGUUAUUUUACCACUGUUGUCCCUCAGUCACGUUUUGUAAAAUGAGGUUUUAGUUUUUACUUUUUUUUUAAUGCUGGUAAAUAUUUGCAUUCAAGCAAGGGGUGGAAGGCAGAGGGUCUGGCCUACUGCCCCAUUCCUUUAAUGCUGUCGGGCCUACCCCUCCUCUUGGGGCCCCAUGAGCUUCUUUGCUUAUAGUUAUCCCAAGUUUGACAUGUUCCAUGUCUUGCCACUUUUCCCCUUCAAGAUGCCAUUUGGAGGGUGGGGAAUCUGCUUCCCACUGUGACUGGGCUGUGGGAUUCUGACUACCUUGCUUACAGAUUCAUGGUUUGAUAAAUUUGUUGUAUUCAAAAACUUGAAAUGUAGGACGCCAUUAAGUGUCUGUUUAUAUUUUUGGAAUAUUUGUAUUACUUACAAUUAAUUAAUAAAAGCGGGUUUAAAAAAUCCAUCCAGGAA